UGCUGAUAGUAAGCUACUUUAUUUACUACAGCAGAGAAGCCGACUUUAAAAUUCAAGAAGCCUUAGAACCUCUGCACUAAGCCCACAGGGAGCCGGCCGCUGGAGCAGAGGGACCGCGCGAGCCGGGACGGGGUGCGCGCGCCUGCAGAUGUGUGCGCGUGCGCGCACGGCCGCGGCAGGCGGGCGUCCGAAACUUUGGUCCCACCAGCUGCGUGGCCGUAAAGGAACUGUGGCGUGUCGUAAAAAAGCCGCAAGUAAGCCGAGCUUUGGUAGACGGCUGCGAAUCCAUUUUGGACGCCGUCUCUGCUGCGAAAAGUUGGGGGAACCUGUUGCUCGUCACGGUGGCGCUUCCGCUGCGCUCGGCGCUCGCUGGCGGCCGGCCGGCCUCUCGGGCGCGCUGACCGGGCCGCGGGGCGGUGGCGGCGGCGGCGCGAUGCGGCCCGUGGACGCGGACGACGGCCGGGAGCCCGAGCGGGACUGGGAGACGCUCCCGAGCCCCGCGCUCGACGCCGCCCGCCGGGACGCCGCCGCCCUCGAGCGCGAGCACGUGCGCGCGCACCUGCGGGCCCGCCGGAAGCUGCUGGAGAUCGAGAGCCUGCUGGACGCCCUCAAGAGCGAGGUGGAGGCGUCGCAGGAGAGCGCCGUGGGCGCCGGGGCGGAGGAGAGGGUGAUGAGGCUGUGCGAGAAGGUGGAGAGGAAGGCGGCGGAGGCGGCGCUGAUGGGGCAGAGGCUCGUGGAGCUCCACCGGCAGAUCGACGGCUGCGGGUGCGGCUGAAGGACGGGGCCGGUUACCCACUGAUGGACUCCAUUCAGCUGGUAAGGAGGACUGAUUGCUUGGAGAGGCUGAAACCGAGAGAGCUUGUCGUUUUCUCUCCCGUGUUUUUCUAUCUACGUUUUCGCCAUGUGAAACACUGAAUCUCCAGUACUAUUCUGGUAGAUGAUUUUACUAUUGUUCUCAAUCUGGAUUUCGGUUACUAGGUGCGUUCAGUUUGGGAAAGACAGCUUUUAAUUAGAUAUUCUCACAUAAAGGAAUAGGGCCUAGAUUGUAAACCGUUGUGUAGCCAUAUUUGUUACUGUCACUUAAUUGUAUUUUUAAAAUUUGGAAGUAUAUUGUUGUGCUUUGCUCUUUUUUUAUUCUUCCUGGAAUUUGGGGACCCAUGAGAGACUUGAGGUCAGAGUUCUGCAGGAGAGAAGACACUACUUGGCUGCAGCUGCUGUCGCAAGAACCCAGACCCCAUCCAGGGGGCAGAUGCCACUACUUUGGAUGAGGUUGAGAAGGCCCAAGGGACCGCUGGGCAUGGAGGGUGGUGGGUGUAUGCAUUCUGGGGUUUUGCAGUCUGUCAGAUCUGAGGAGGAGAGCUGUGUUCUUCUGGCUUUCUUUGUUUCUUUUUUUCAGAAAUGUAGUUUUUCUGUGGCAUGUUAACUGGUGCACAUCAUGUAACCUGUCUGGUGAGUAACUAGGAUAAGGGAUGAGUUCUAGGUGCUACAUGUAUUUGCUGACUUGGGGUAAACUUUUUAAAUGUAAUACAGUAAAGCACUUCAGGAGCUUCUCUGGCAAAAUGUGCACGACCCCUGCAAGGGUCUGGGGGGUUGGGGAGGACAGCGUGGAGCUGGCCACUGUGGGCCCCAAAGUGAUAGCACGAGGCACCUUCAGAUGAUGCUCGCCUUUGUCACCAGAGCAGACCUCAUAGGGACUGGGAUCAGAAUCUAACUUGUUAUGAUGAAAUUCAUUUGCCUGGAAAAACCAAUGCUGAAAGCCAGUUUUUAAAAUGUGCAAAUGAUCGAAGCCAUUGAUUUGGCCAGGAAAAGGUGAGAUAAAUAAACUUUUUUCAGAAUAAAAA